UCUUCUAGUAAGAAGAAGUCAUGGGUGGGCUUUACAGGCUGAUAAUAAUGCUGUACUUUUCUCUGAUCCUCAGUUUUGCUGCUCUUUGUGCCUUUGCUCUAGAAAUCCAAAAUGAUCAGGUCAGGGUGACAAGAAGCGGGAAGUACUUGAAAAUUCAACCUAUGCUGCUGCAGAGUCGUUCAAGUGGAAGGAAAUGGUUGAAAUCAAAGACGAUGGUGGGCUUUAAAACGAAGACAGAGACGGAGAAGAUGAAGCAAGCAGAUCAAAUGAAAGAUGGGCCUUCAAAGAUUUCAGGAAAAGCCAUGAAAGCAACAAUAAGCUAUUUGGGAGGUUCUGAUUCAGGAGAAGGCUCUUAUUUUUUUCACAAAAGAGAGUCUGCAAGUAGGUCGCACAUUUUGAGGACACUGAGCUCUAUCAGGAGCAGCCAUCAUGAGCCACCUCUCUACUAUCAUGAGUUCAGAAUUCGAAAGCAUAGGAAAUCGGCCUUCUCUGGAAGCUCUGCAAUUCCUCUCCACACCAACCCUACGCUGAGCGAGAGUGGCAUCGAAGAGGAGGACGGUUCCAUGUUUAACAUGGAUUACAAUCACUGCCCCCACCAUAAGCCUCCAAUCAACAACGCACAGCCUCGAAGUUUAAGGCUCUGCCGCCCCUAGAUGUAGAUCACCAAUGUAGAAAAACAAAGUAUGAUAAUCUUCUAUUUCAUUUUAGACUAUGGAUUUUCUUUAUUAAUAGUAAACGAUACAUAUGUAGAAUGAUAUAGGGAGUACAACAUCUCCACUCUGUUCAGCGUAGCUAAACAAGAAC